UGAUAUAAGAUUUCUAUAUGUCACCACGCACUGGUUCAACUUCAGAUAAAAAUAGUAUAACAUACUUCCUGUACAAACUUUAACAACACCUUGCAGGUUUUAAGUACUGUUUAGAUUCAUCAUUAUGGCAGCGGCGUUCCAGGAACAGUGUUGUAGUAUAUGUGAACUUCAGCAUCUUACACAUAAAGCAGAAGAAUGGUGCCCUGAGUGUGACGAGUAUCUAUGUUCAAAUUGUAAAACUCACCAUAAACUAGCAAAAGCCACACGGAGACACAAAACUGUUGCCAUGUCUGAUUUGAAAGAAUUGCCUUCGUUUGUUUCUGCUAUAAAAAUCGAAUGCGAUGCACACCAUGAGAACUAUGAAUACUUUUGUCCAAAACAUGAGAUUCCUAUUUGUGUCAUAUGUGCAGAAAAACAUACACAAUGCGGCCAAUUCACUAUAUUGCGGAAAUUAGAAGGCACAAAAACAUCAGCAGGUAUGGUAAAGGUUGAGAAAAAUAUUAGAGACAUACAGAAGAAUUUAGAGGUAUUUUUACAAAAUCGCCAGUCAAACCUUUCGAAUCUUAAAGAUCAGCAAGCGAGUUGCAGAGAAAAAGUAAAAGAAAUAAGACUCAAAAUUGACCGGCAUCUUGAUAAGCUAGAGAAGACGGCCAUUGACGAAAUAGACAAUUCGUAUAUCAAACACAAAUCAGAGAUAGAACAAAUCAUCAACAAUUUAAGUGCCCAUAAAAUGAAGAUAGAAGCAAUCCAAAAUAAUAUAGAUAAAAUUAAAGAGCAUGCAUCUGAAAUCCAAAUAUUUCUUAGUAUUCAAGAUAUCGAAAAUAAAAUAAAAGAGGAAGGAACCCAAAUGGUUACAAUCGGCCAGUUUAAAUUACUAGAGAUAGAACUUUCGUUUAUUCCAACAAUAAGCUGCACAUCUGGCAUAAUAUUAGAAUCGUUUGGAGAGUUGAAAACAAAUACCAAUCCGGUUGAUAUAAACUUCGUCAGGCAUGAAGAUUCAGAAGCGCAACUUUUUAUGCCAGGGACAAAUAAAAAGCAUAUUGAUCAAAUUUCGAUUACGAAAAAACUUGGCUUUACACUACCGACUAUCCUAGGAGAAGUAAAAGUUGAAUACUGUUGUAAUACAGACGAAGGACUACUUCUUCUGACUGAUGGAGGUAAAAAGAGUCGUAUUAUAGUGUUGGAGUCAAAUGGUGCCUUGGUAUGUGAAAUUCCAUUGCAACAUAUCCCACAUGAUGUAAUUUCUUUCAACAAGACCUUAUAUGUAUCUAGCUUUUCGUCCAUGACAUUGACAAGUAUAGAUUUCGAAACAACGGAGGUGAAACAGAUAAUUAAAACUGGUCAUAAUUGUGAUGCAUUAGCACUUGCUGGGGAUAAAAUUUUACUGCAUUUGCAUAACUUUGAGUACAAAAUUUAUGAUCUGAAUCUUAUCGAAGUUGGUAAAAUACCAAUUCGUAUGGAAUUUGCUCCGUCUCUUUCCUACUGUGAUGAGAAAAUAUAUUUCGCGCAAUGGAAGGAAAACACGGUGUACUGUCACAACAUGGCUGGAAUCAUGAUCUGGAAAUUUCAAAACAAAGACAUUCGUGCACCUAGUGGAAUUGCGAUAGACAGCUAUGGAAAUGUCUUUGUGACCGGUGCUUUUUCUAAAAACAUUGCAGUUAUUUCCCCGAAUGGCGAGCAUAGCAGAAACCUUUUAAACUUAACUGAUGUUUUGGCCUAUCCAACAGCAGUCCAUUACAACCAGUCAUGAAAGCAACUAAUUGUUUCUUCUAAUACUAGUAAAAACAUAUUAGUUUACUACGCAUCUUAAAUCAUAACUUGACGGAGAAUAUCGUUUUGGCGUUUUCCUUUUAGUUGUUCUGACAUUUCGAUUUCAAAAAUAAAACUCGAACAUAAAUCCUUAAUUUUGAUGACAGUAGCAUAAACUGAGAUUGUAUCGUAAAAUAUAACUUUGUUCUUGUAUGAUUAAUGAUGCACAGUUGGUAAUUCUUGUAAGCAUUUCCCUACGACUUCUGUAAGAUUUUAAUAAAACGGUUUUAAUUUUAUUUAAA